AGGAUUAUAUGAGGUCAUAACUUCGUGACCAAUGAAAAUGGGCGAAAGAUCGUCUAUUUUACAGUUCCAAAUACAGAUAAAAAGGAACGAGAUUGAAGAUUACAAACGAGAAAUAUGUCAGCAAGAAGACAAGAAGAAAACCCUGAUAAAGCGGCUGGAGCAGCUAAAAGAGGAGCAGUCUGGUCACGUGUGUGAAUUACGUAAACAGAUUAAGGAGAAGGAGAAAAUCCUGGAUCAAAAGGAGCAGUGGAGUAAGGAGCAGGUGGAGCACAAUGUCAAGGAAAACAUUAUGCUCAAACACAACCACGGGAAGGAACUGGAAGAACUGCAUUGUAAGCUUGCAAGGCUGCAGGUGCAGAAGGAAGUGCUCCAGGCAGAGAAGGAGCCAUGGCUACUGUAUAAGAAGGAAGGCAUGCUGGAAAACCAGCAAAAGAUUGAAAAACUGGAAAAGGAUAUUGCUGAUUCACAAAGGAUAUUCCAAGAAAUGUCAGAAUAUUAUCAGAGAUCUCACGCAUUGGGUAUUGAAGAUAUUGACAGAAAGACAGCACAGCAGUCUGAAGAGAUAAAACAACAGUCUUUGAAGAAAGUAUAUAAAAAUGUUGUCAGACGCAAUGAAAUGGAGCUCAAAGAAAAUGAGAGGCUAAAAAAAGAGGUUGAUGUGUAUUUUAAGAAGAUUUCGGAGUUGGAAUCCAAUGUCUGGAAAUUAGAAAUGGAAAACUUAGAACAUGUAGAUAAGCUUUUAAGCGACAUUCCAGGUGAUCCCCAAAACAGCCUCAGGAAAGCAUUUCAUGCACCAACUGCUUCGCUUGGAUCCCCUGAUAUACCCAGUGUGAGCGAGAGCAUAAUGCAGAGAAGCGGUGAGACAUCACUAGAGUCGGUUGACAGACCUCCGUGUUCCCUUCGGCCCUUAGAGGAGGCUGAAGGGGCUCAAGAGGAACGAGAUGUGACCCCUGACCCCCCACAAGACCACAGUGAAACACUCAGCAGCAGUGAAUAUGAUUUUAUGAUACACGUGUUGCCAUUGAAGCAGAAGCUGUGCGUGAUAGGUACGGCUGCUCCCCUGCACCACCAGCCGCCAUCGGGACUCACGGAUGCGAGCCUCGGCCCGUCGACGGUCACCACCCAAGCCAACCAGAGCAAGGUUCAGCAGUUACACGCAUCAACACUGCAGUCUGGAAAAUCUAACGAGUCUUAAAUUAUUAAUAAAAAAAUACAUUGAUGUUUAAAAAAACCUUUAGGUGAAUCUGCCAUA